UUAAAAAAAUUAUUUGACAAAGUGAAAAUAACGAAAUUUUAAAAAAUAUUUUUUUUUGGAAAACAGUGGCAAGAAUUGGGCGUCUUCAUAACUCAAAAACAUACCCGAAACUAAUUGGAUAAACAAAAUUUGAAAAGAAAAAAAUUAAAGAUAUGUCCGAUUCAAAGAAGAUUUACUAAGAUUGAUGACAUAAAUUCAAAACAAUCUACAAGAAAAUCGAAUAAUAUUCGACUUUGAGUAUAAAACUGGCAACUUGAGUUUUGAAAAAUUUUAUCCAACCUCAUUUUCGAAUGACAUUUCAUUAAAAUUUUGAAAGAAAGUGCGAAGUACAAAAAAGUUCAACUAAAAAGUGCAAAGUGAAUAUAUUCCGAGUGUUAAAAUCUUGUAUCCUAAGAAAGCAAAAUCAGUUCAAAAUCCUAUAAAGUGCAAACAAGUAGAAUCCGCAAGAAAAACUGCAUACAAAGCAAAAUAAUCAAACCAAUUAUAAGCACAGCAAAAACACAAAGGAAAAACAAAUAAAAUGUCCAGCAAAAAGGAACUCAACUCCACCCUAAUGAUGGCAUUCACUGUCACAACGCUGCUUGGAUUUAUAAACGCGCAAGCAGUGGGCUCCAAGGAUCUCUUCAGAUGCCGCCAAAGUUGCUAUCAAAAGUUUGUCCAAGAUUGGCAUCACUGCAUGGACUUUGAGGAUUGCAAAAAUAUGUGCAUCACACCACCUAAUAUCAAUAGUUAUAUCCCAGAAGCGUUCAGUUUUCUGUGCUGGAACAAUUGCGAUCAACAAUUGGGCCCCUUCCCGCUCAACGUGAAUUCGGCGUUGCACCAGGGCUCGCUGGUGCUGACGACCAUCGCUUGGGAUCAGGCGAUCACAAAUGCAUCGAAGCAGUGUCUGGUCACUUGGGAGGUCUCCGGAGGCGGUCUAAUGGGCAAUCUAUUGACUGAUAGUUCUACUGUUGAAUUAUCCCUGUGGCCAGAGACAGUAUAUCACGUGCAAGUUACGUGCAAGCAUAAGGAGACCGGCGGUAUGCGACGAUCUUACAAACUGAUCGUGGACACGCAAAAGCUGAGCGACAUCAAUGUCCACGGCAUGCAAGCGAUCACAUUGGAGACCGGCAACAUGGCCAGCAAGGAGGGCAUGAUGCCGCAUUUGUAUGGCGCGGAUAGCGCGGUUGAUAUCGGCGGCAACUCGGGUGAGACCGACUCACGCAUGCGCAUACUAAAGGACAGCUCCAAAGACUUCCUCAGCCCCUACAAUCCAAAUGCCAAUGUAGCAACAGCCAGCAGUACCACCAGCAGCAGCUUUAAAGCGCCCGUGACAACUUCAGCUACAACAAAGUCAAGCGCCACCAGCACCGUGACAGCACGUCGUACGGACGGAGUCGCCGCGCCCGCUGAAGAUGAAAAUUCUGUUCUGCGUAACCGACUCGUUGACGAGCGGCCGUUGGCUCAAUGGGUAGCGAAUUUCUUAGACCAACAUCCCGCAUGUGGCAAAUAUGGACCGCUCGUGCUUUUGGUGAUCGUCGUCAUCUUGUAUGUGUAUUUGCGGCCGCGCGUGCGCAAACACAUGGAGGCCGUAGCCAACGCCGUGGACCGCGAGGUGCUCAUACACAAAGAGAUGCUGCCAAGUCAAACGCCACAAGCGCUGCGCAUGUCAGCGGCGUUGGCGGCGUCCCAUGUGGAAGUGGCGGUGGCGCCCAAGCAGGAGGACGCGCUGGCGGCGCGCAGUGAACCCAGCGCCGCAGCGUCAAAUCCGCAAACAUUGCACGUCUAAGGUGGGGCGCGCAGGCGUAUGCGAGCGCUGUGUGUUGAUUGCGAGCUGUAAAUAGUAAAUAUUAAUUAGAUAUAUGCAUUGUAGGGUUUUUUGCUAAUUCAUAAUUUAUUUAUUAAGCUAAACAAAUUCAAUAUGUACUAGAUGUGAUGUGAUGUACUAAAUGCUAAAGAACUUAAUUUCGUUUACUUACAUUUCGCCUCUGUAUGUACAUAGCAUAGUCUAGGUGCGGUGUUGCUUUUAAGCCCAGCGUUGCAUUUUUAGCCACAUAUAUUGAGAUAGUUAUAUACAUAUGUACCAUAUACUUAUAUAUAUGUAUAUAAGUGUGUGUAAGUUUGUAGUAUGAGUAUUUCAUUUUGUUGUAUAUGUAUAAGGCUUUGCUCUCUCGCGGAGAGCGGGAAGCGAAGAACUGGACGCGCGUGUAUAGCAAUAUUAGUCUUUAAGCGUAUAUUACAUACAUAAACAGCACAGAGAGCGGCAGACAAAACAAAAUAAUCGAGGCAGGUGUGCGCCUGCGCCAACAGUCAGUUGACACUUCAUAAAAAUGUAAAAUUUUCGGACAUUCUUCAAUAUUUUUUUUUUAAAUUUCGGUCGAAAAUGUUAUGCUCAACUUUCACUGGCCGCUGCGUUGCCACCUGUCGCAAUUAGAUACUAGCUUGUAAGCUUAGCGAACUAUUAGUAAGUUAUGCACGCAUGCUGCUAUGACAAAUGCCAGUGUGUGUGUAUGGACUUUUCGCAUUUUAUUUUUGUAAAUCGCAACUUAUGACGAGUCCAAAUGUUAACGUUGACGUUUAGUUGUCGUCAUUUGGUGUUUCAGUGUCCCAAAAAUUAGCUGAGUGAGCAACCAAAAUGUUUGCAUGUAUGUAUGUUAAAUUUCAUUUGACACUUGUUUGGCGCAUAUGUGUGUGUGUGUAUGAGUAUGUUAUGUCAUUAAGAUUUUUUCUAGUCUCACUUAUGUUUUAUUAUUGUAAAUGUUACCAAACUUUUUCAAUUGAAA